AUGGAGUUUGAUGCAAGCCCUUUUUUGCCCUUUUCUUCAUCCAGGUCCCUUCCAGGAGCCGAAUACGACGUCUUCUUGAGUUUUAGAGGCUCAGACACUCGCAUAAACUUCACAGAUCACCUAUAUUUCGCUCUCGUCGAUGUAGGUGUUCGACCCUUUCGGGACGAUUACGAGCCCAGCAUAGGAAAAGAGAUCGGCGCUGAACUCAUCAAAGCAAUCGCAGAAUCGAAGAUCUCGAUCCCAAUCUUAUCCAAAAACUAUGCUUCCAGUAAAUGGUGCCUCCGUGAGCUCGCUAAGAUGGUGGAGUGCAGGAGAACUACGGGACGACCGAUUCUACCCAUCUUCUACGAUGUCGAACCAUCAGAGGUGCGGCAUCAAUAUGGGAGUUACGGGGAGGCCUUCCUUCAGCACGAGAGACUAUUCAGUGAAAGUACUGUUAAUGAAUGGAAGGAGGCACUGAGGGAGGUUGGAGCAUUGAGCGGCUGGCAUCUGAAUACAGAAGAAUUUCAUGGGUAA